AUGGUCAACACUGGGAGAUCCAAGGGCUGCAACACCUGCAAGAGGCGAAAGGUCAAAUGCGACGAGGGCAAGCCAGGAUGCCAGCGCUGCAUACGCUUUGGCCGCGAAUGUGAAGGCUACGGCCAAAGACCGCCGCGGGUGAGAUUCGUCACCGACGUGAGAAGGACCAACGAGAAAGACUCGCAGAUUCAGCGACGCGUAGAUGCGUUGGCCUCGCGCACUUCUACUUCUACUUCAGCGCAGCCGACCAUCAUCCCACCGCCAACGCCAAACAAAAAGGAUGCUGCGCUGUCCUUCUUCCUCACCCAAUUCGCUACCCUGGGCCGCAGCGCCGCAUCGUCGACGGGCUUCUUCGAGAUGCUGCCUCUCGUGCUCUCUGGCGAGCGCCACGACUCGGCCGCGUCUCUUGCGCUGUCGGCAGUCUCCAUCGCCAUGUUUGAGCGGUGGCUGGGAUUCGGAAACAAGCCUGGAGCGUCACGCAAGUCGUUUGCUGAAGCCAUCGCGCGCCUCCAAACAGCCAUUGCCGACCCGUCGGAGAGUCUCAGCAGAGCUACUGUCGUGGCCGCUCUGACUCUCCAAUUUCACGACAACGUCUGCGCAUUGUUGGAAUCAAACGGCAUCAAUCGAACUCACCACGACGGCUCUGUAGCGUUACUCCGGCAUCAAGAGCAGGAGAGUAAACGUCCGCGAACUCGCACUUCCUUGGCUCAUCACCUUCUGCAUGCCGAAGUUUCAUUUGCAAUUCGCGAAAAGAAGAGCCUGCCGGUUACUGGAAUCUCCUGGCUUCAAUAUCAUAACGAUUCACUGAAUCCAAGUUCGCUACUCGAUAUUAUUGGCAUCGAUGUCGCGAAUAUCCAACACGAGUUCUUCAACGCGCGUUUGUCUAGUUCAUCCACAGAAGAUAUGCUGUCGGACUUGUUUGCCAAAGCCGCAGUCGUCGACACGAGACUCAAAACAUGGGUCGGUGGAGUCCCAGUUCACUGGCAGCCAGAGCCAUUCGAUCAUAUGCCGCAGUGCAACCCUCCUGUGAUAACAUACUCGCAAGCCUUUGACGUCUAUCGGUCCGUGCAGAUCGCCUCAAUCUGGAACAUCUGGCGAAUCUAUCGUAUAAUAACGCUCAAAGUAUUGCUCGAGUGUCUCGAGCUGAGCGCCGACAAUUUAGACUUUUCAGAUAAUACUCAUUCGUUCAUCCGAGAAAGUAUCCAGAAGAUGGUCGACUCUAUCUGCAGAAGCGUCCCUUUCUUCCUUGGAAACCGCAGCCAUAUGGCAACACUCCACGACUUCACCGACUCCAACAUUUUCCUCCCAAGCCAUCAUCGCCUUAGAGCCAGCAACGAGCUUGUUGAUCACCGAAACGACAGCGAUUACUGGAGCCGGGAUGACCAUUUUAAACACGUCAUUUCCCAAGGGCCUUGGCAUAUUUUGAUUCCACUUAGCCAGCUCAUUGGUAUUUUCUCACAGAGCCACGGUUCAUCAUUUGCUCAGCUACUGGACGUAGAAAGACACAAAUGGAUUCGAGAACAAAUUGUGCGAGCCCGUACUAUCAUGGGCUCACAAAUUGGUAACUACACUGCUGGGAGUAUAUAUGCUGACAAUUAUUAUGGGCUAAUGCGUUUCUUAAGAUUAGUUACUUCUCCCAACUUGGCUGUCAGCCCAAAAACCCCAUUAACAAAACUAUAUUGA